AUGCUUUUCGAGAAGAAUGAGAAGAGGAGUUUCGAUAACGUACUCGAAAGUUUCAGAAAGGUUUUCACGUUACAGCAGCUCGGCCGACUGCCAGAGAAGGAGUUCGAGGGGCUUAUGAACGAGCAACAGCCGAGACUACAGAGGGGAAUCAAAGUGAUCUUGAAAGACCUUUGGUUGAGCUGGCAUAAAUGGGCCGAGCAGAAGCUGAAGGAAGAGGAGCUUGCACAGAAAGAGCGCAUAAAGGAGGAGGAAAAGUUGAAAAGGCUUAAAGAGAAGGAGGAGAUGAAGUUACAAGCAGCUGAUAUGAAGAGAAGAAUGCAGGAAGAGGCACGUCAACAGAAGCAGCUGGAGAGAGAGCGGCUCAGAGAGCAGGAGCGGCUGGCAAGGGAGAAGGCCAGGGUAGAGGAAAAGUUGGCACGGCAAGCUGCUAAGGAGAAAGCAAAGGAAGAGGAAAGACUGAGGAAGGAAAUCUCUUCGUUUCUGAUCGUCGCUGAUGGAGACGUGGCCUCUUCUGGGAAGGACUCGGGCCCGACUGCGAAGAAUUCUCGUCGAUUUGUAUCGGCGAGUAAGAGUGGUGGCGAAGGAUCGCCGAAUGCUAUUGAGGAGGCGAAUGAUUUGCGACUUGCUCACGAACAAUACUCAGGCGCGGGCAAAUCGGCGGAGUCGAGGGAGCGGUACAGGGGGAGAAGGAAACCUCGGUGUGUGCUUGUGGACCUGGACGAAAGGGAAAGGCCGCCUGUGCAGCUGAUUAUGAGCUGCGAAUCUAAGGCAGUAUCAGGGCGUCAUCCAUUCGGGAAAGACGCCGCUAUUGAUUAUGAGAUGGACAGUGACGCUGAGUGGGCAGAGCUGGCUGAAGGGGAAGAUUUGGGAGAAGAUGAUGACGUCAGUGAAGAUGAGGAGACGGCGAGUGACGCUGAUUCGUGUGUGGUCUCUGAUGGGAAACUGAGUGCUGAUGAGAUGUCCGAGGACGAGGAGUGUGCCGCGGCAGAGAGGGAAUUAAUAAGAAAGAAAAUAAAAAAGCGUCGGUCCGCGGACGUCUUGGCGACGGUUUGCAUAUCCCUCGGGGAAAUUGAUGGCUUAGAGUGGCCUCCUCCUGGUGGUGCUUCUGCUGUCCUUACGUCACUCCGCGAGACGGUAAUUAGCGACUUUACAGUUGACACGCUUGAUCAAAAUGCUAAGCGAAUGCGACGAAUCACUGACUACUUCCCGGUGCAGCCUUCUCCUGUUGUGAAGGAGACCUCAGAAGAGGCGGUGACGAGUUGUCCAGUUCAGGAUAAUAUUGCUACUACUACUACGCCUCCCGUGGAAGGGCCUCAGCUGUCGGCAGUAGAAGCUGAGCCACUGUGA